AGCGAUUCCACCUCGACUGCACUCGACCUCGGACGCUGUGUUUCGACGACAUGUACAACUAUCCAGGUGCCCCCGGGUUCAGCGGCCCUCCGCGCUAUGCGAACUCUCCUCCAGGCGCCGCGCCACCGGGCAUGGGACCGCCCGGCGCAGCUCCUGGCGUCGCGCCACCGGGCGUCGCAGGCCCUCCGUCGCUCGGCGGCCCGCGCCCGCUGCCGUCGAACUGGCAGCCGCCGGCCAACAUGCCCAACUUCAACUUCAACGCGCCCGUCAUCCGCCUCGGCACCCAGCCUGGCCGCGGGGCCGCCGACAGCCCCGCCGGCGCGCGCAAGGAGACCGCCGUGCCUGCGCGCCGCGGGCUGGGCAUGGACCGCGACGGCGACCGCAGAGACGGGCCGCAGCAGGUGAUCCCGCCGACGCGCGAGGAGAUCAUGCGCACCAUCUUCGUCGGCAAUAUCCCCGACGGCGUGGGCGGCGACGACGGCAUGGAGCGCAUCCUCGAGUCGGCGGGCAAGCUGGUGCGCUGGACGCGCGUGACCGACGCCAACAACAAACCCCAGACGUUUGGCUUUGCCGAGUUCGCCGACGCGCAGAGCCUCGAGACGGCCGCCGAGAUCUUCAAGGAGGUCAAGGUGCCCACGAAGCGACAGAAGCCGGGGGAGAAGGCCGAGGGCGAGGUCGAGACAAGCCAGCUGCAGGUCAUGGUGGACGACGCCUCGAUCAAGUACGCUGAGGAGUGGAGCAAGAUGCGCGACGAGGACGAGGCGACGGUGCAGUUCCGCCUCGACAGCGCCAAGGAGACGCUGUCGGGCGUGCUCGCCAGCCUGUUCAACCCGCCCAACAUGCCGCAGAUGGACUACGGCGGCGACAUGAUGAUGGCGGACAUGCCCGCGCAGGACGGCGACGUGGAGGUGGCCUUUGUCAAUCUGACCAACGCGGAAGACGAGCUCGCCGACAUCCCUGCUGAGAUGCGCGAGAUCGUGGCGGCUGAGAUUGCCGCGUUCCGCGACCGCUCGAACCAGCGCGACCGCGAGCGACUGCGGCGCGAGGAGGAGCUGGAGGAGGCCGAGCGUCGCCGCAGCGGCCGCCGCUCGCCGCCCGUCUCUGCGCCCACCGGCCCCGGCGGCGCCAACGGUGUCCCCGUAGGACCCAAGGCAGACCGCGGCGUCCAGGGCGCUCCGAGCGGACCACGAGGCGCCCAGUUCCCCAAAGACUACCAGGGCGGUGUCAACUUCACGAACGGCGGAUCACUUGCGAACGGCGCCUACUUCAGCCGCGAAGACGACGACGACUCGGCUAGCGACUCUGAGAUCGAGAACCGGCGCAAGAAGAAGCGGGACGACGAGAACGAGAACGAGUACCAACGACAGCUGUCCAAGUGGCUCAAGCACGAGAGCCGAAGCGUGUCCUCACUAGAACGCACGAGCGACCGCCUCAAGAACCAAGAAUCCGAGCAGCAAGCCGCCCGCGACGCCCAGGCCAAGCAACUCGCCGACUUCGACGACGACCAGGAAGCCUCCAACCGGCGCCACCUCUACUACCGCGACCGCGGCGAGUACAUGCGCGAGCGCGAAAAAGUCCGCGAGCGCGAACACCGCGACGACGCCCACGACCGCGCCCAGGAACAGCGCGAGCGCGCCUCGCACGAGAAAUCCCUCGCCGCGGCCCGCGGCCCCGCGCCCUCCAAACCCGCCUCCCCGCGCCCCCGCUCCCGCUCCCCAGCACACUUCAAAAUCUCCCUCGGCGCCGCCGCCAAGAAACUCGAAACCGCCGCCGCCCCGCGCCGCACCGCCGCCGACGUCGAACACCUCCUCGAAGACGGCGACCCGGCCGCCGACGCCGGCGCGCGCAAGCGCACUCUCGUCCCUAUCAACUUCGACGCCGCGGUGCGCGCGAACCUCACGACGGAGGAGAUCGAGGACGCCCAGCGCCAGCUCGCGCGCGAUAUCCCCACCGACCGCGAGGGCCUGUGGAAGUGGCCCGUCUCGUGGGCGCAUUUGCCCGAGCGCAAUAUCGAAAAGGAUAUCAAGGACUGGGCGGCGAAUAAGGUGCUCGAGCUCAUGGGCUUGCAGGAGGAUAUGCUGGUCGAGGCGAUUGUGGGGCAUUUGAAGAGUCGGGGCGGGCCGCAGGCAUUGGUGGAGAAUCUGGAGUUGGCACUCGACGACGAAGCAGAGGCCCUCGUGCGCAAACUCUGGCGCAUGGUCAUUUACUACAGCGAGACGGAGAAGCGCGGUAUCAAGUAGCGUGGCCCCACGCACGUGGGGGUUCCUGGCGCUGGCGGACGGAGCGGACAGACGGAGCGGACAGGCAGACGUAGCGGACGGAUGGAGGCAGAAGGGAUCAGCGGGUCUGCGGAGGCUCGGCGUAUGCUAACGGAGGCUCUAAGGACGCUCUAAGGACGCUCUAAGGAGGCUCGAAGGAGGCUCCAAGGAGACUCCAAGCUCGUGUGUACAUAGCAAUACAGUCCACUGGCGCGCGACGGCGCUGCUGCUGUGUUCGAAUGCUUCUGAGGCUCUUGUGAUGGAUAUGUAUCUGUGCCCGGGGCCUGUGUUUGUGCCCCGGAACGGCGUUCGAAACGUGACCCAUGCGGCGC